UGAGCUUGACAUUUUUUUUUGUUAUGGCCAUUUUUAUGAGAUAUCUUCAAAGAGAAGUAUACACUAAAUAGAUACAAUGAAUGAACAUGAAAAUCUCUCUGAAACGGAAGAAGAAAUCUAUGUUUAUGUUGAAUUUGAUGAAAGCGUCAGUAUUGAAAAGUAUGGAAAUUUGCAUGUCUUAGGAAUUGAUACUAAAAAUCCAAUAAUACAAUUAGAUGAAACCUUUUGCUCUGGUAAUUUUGAGAAUCCAUUGGGCACUUACAUGUUUUUUGAAGAUGACCCAUCAGCACAUACUGAUGAUCCUUUAUUUGAUAAGUUACCAGACAAGAAUUUGAAAUAUCUCUUAAAGACUCGAAAAUUUAUUAAAGCUGAACAUGUAUAUGUAAAACAAAAGGAUGGUAUUGAGAAAGAAUAUCAAGAACGUAAUGUGGAACCUGAUAUUAAACCAAUUACAUUCACAUCCAUCACAGAAGCCAUUGAAAAAUUUAAAAAGGAAUGGAUUAAUUCUGGAACAUCUACUUCAGAAACCAAAUAAUAAAUUGCUUGUGAUAUGAUACUGGUUAGACUUAGAUAACUAAAUUUGGACUUGGUAUAAAGAGAUCAUUUAAAUUUACUUUUAGAUUUACGGAUCCAACAUGUUAUGGUUACUAGAUGUGGAAUUAAAUGAGAUAUUAAUAGUUGUAAUCAUGUUGCAAUAUGAAAAUUCAUAUAAUAAUAAAACACCAUUGGCCAUUUAUUACUAAGUAUUAUAUGAGAGUCUAAAUUAAUAUUUAAAAUCUUUGCUAUAGUCAUGAAUUUUAAGUUAUGUUAUAAAUUUGUAAAUAGUGUACAUAAUAUUUUCUUGUGUUUGUGUAAAUAAAUUU